AUGAAUAUGUUGGAUGAUGAAGAUGACCAAAGCUUUCACGCUACGCGUGACGGCUACUCCCAUUUGAGCGAUGUUGAAUGGGAUGCGGUUGAACGAAUGGGUUCGACCACGGGCAUCCAUGCUGUUAGCGUCAUGCUAGAGGCUCUCAAUAGAGAUGCCCAACAUGCUACUAUCGCCAAGUUCAUUCAAAAUGAACUUGACGCUGAACGCGAGAAAGUAGCCUUGCUUCACCAACAAGGUUCUCAACAAGCAGAGUUGUUGAGAGAACAGGGUGCUCAACAGUUUGAACUGUUGAGACAGCAGCAGGCUGCUGCUGGUGGGUCGAUGCACUCGCGUCGACCCGAGACCUUGAAGAUUGACAUCUCCAAGGCGCGUCGCAUCGACGAUGGGGAAAUGCAAGUUGCAUUUGCCCAGUCAAAUCUGGCAGGACGUGCCAAGACUUGGGCACUGGGGCUCAAGUUGCACGACCCAUAUGCGCUUGGGUCGUUGGAAGUCUUCAAGUCGCGGCUCAGACAAACGUUUGAACCGCCUAGAGCUGAGUUCAGGGCUCGAACCGAACUCUUGAAGCUCAAACAGGGUAAGCGUGAUGUGCACGCUUACGCCCAACAUAUACGACAUCUUACGAGUUGUAUAAGUUCCAAUCCUGUGGAUGAACACACGUUGGUUUCGGUGUUCAUGCAGGGUCUUGCGGAUGGUCCCGUCAAGACUCACCUGUUCCGGCUUGAACUAGAUUCACUAGAACAAGCCAUUUCCAUUGCUGAGCAGGAAGACUUCAGUCUGAGACAGGCUCGCGCCAGCUCGACAUCAUAUCGUCAACCGAGACGAUAUGACAGCGGAGGUCCAGAGCCGAUGGAACUCUGUUAUGUAGAGAGCGAGAAGGAUCGCUCUACAGGCUACAAGAAGUUGCAGAGAUGCAACAGAUGUCAAAAGACAGGACACUACGCUUACGAGUGUAGUGCCCCUCGUCCAGUGUCUCGCGACACUGGGCGUAGUGACCGUCCACCCAUGAGAAAGGGGCAGGGACGAGGGUCCGCUGUUGGUGCAAAGACGCAACAACAGGAUGGACCGUCAAAAAACGGACAGGAUCAGUAG